GAGAGGCGAGGCGGGGCGAGGCUGACGCGGGCUGGGCAAGGCCGGCGCCCGGUGGAGGCGCUGGGCGUGUACCCGGUCAAAAGUCAUGUUCGGCAGGUCCGGCUACCGGGCGCUGCCCUUAGGGGAUUUUGAUCGUUUCCAGCAGUCAAGUUUCGGCUUUCUGGGUUCGCAGAAGGGGUGCUUGUCCCCAGAGCCGGCCGGCGUGGGGCCGGGGGCCGAUGCACCUGAGAGCUGGCCCUCCUGUCUCUGCCAUGGCUUCAUCAGUUUCCUGGGGUUCUUGCUGCUGCUGCUCACCUUCCCCAUUUCUGGCUGGUUUGCUCUGAAGAUCGUACCCACCUAUGAGAGGAUGAUCGUGUUUCGACUGGGCCGGAUCCGAACCCCCCAGGGCCCUGGCAUGGUUCUUCUCCUGCCCUUCAUUGACUCCUUCCAGAGGGUGGAUCUGAGAACCCGAGCUUUCAAUGUUCCUCCUUGCAAGUUGGCCUCUAAGGAUGGGGCUGUGUUAUCUGUGGGAGCUGAUGUCCAGUUUCGCAUCUGGGACCCAGUGCUCUCUGUGAUGGCUGUGAAGGACUUAAACACAGCUACUCGAAUGACCGCCCACAAUGCCAUGACCAAGGCCCUACUCAGGAGGCCGCUGCAAGAGAUCCAGAUGGAGAGGCUCAAGAUUGGUGACCAACUCCUGCUGGAGAUCAAUGAUGUGACCAGAGCUUGGGGCCUGGAGGUAGACCGUGUAGAGCUGGCAGUGGAGGCUGUGCUGCAGCCACCCCAAGACAGCCCAGCUGUGCCCAACCUGGACAGCACCCUCCAGCAGCUGGCCUUCCACUUGCUGGGGGGAAGCAUGAGCUCAGUGGUAGGAGGUGCUCCAUCCCCAGGACCAGUAGACACCUUGGAAAUGAUAAGUGAAGUGGAGCCGCCUGCCUCUCAUGCCGGGGCUGGGGAUGAGCCCAGCUCAAAGCAGCCCGUGGCUGAGGGGCUUCUCACUGCCCUGCAACCCUUCCUGUCAGAGGCACUGGUUAGCCAGGUUGGGGCCUGCUAUCAGUUCAACGUCAUCUUGCCUAGCGGCACCCAGAGUACCUACUUCCUGGACCUCACUGCAGGACAAGGCAGAGUGGGACAUGGAGCACCUGAUGGCAUCCCUGAUGUGGUGGUGGAGAUGGCUGAGGCGGACCUGCAGGCCUUGCUCUGCAGGGAACUGCGGCCCCUGGGGGCCUACAUGAGUGGGCGGCUGAAGGUGAAGGGUGACCUAGCUGUGGUCAUGAAGCUGGAGGCUGUCCUUAGGGCCUUGAAGUAACAGUGUUUGUUGUCCACCCAUGACCUAACCAUGAACCUGGUGCCAAGCCAGAGAAGCCUCUUGGGAUAGGAGGCAUUGGUCUGAGCUGCAGAAAAUUGAAGCCUGAAGGUGUUUCCAGCCCAGCCAGGAGCCCAGAAGGCUGGGAGACAACUAUUGCUGGUCAGUGCUGAGUCAGCUGUCCUGCACUUGAACCUGUGUGGUUCUCUGGACAGGCCUGUGCUCCGUCGAUCCCCAGCCAAGUGCCUAGUCCUGAGCUUACUACGGAGUGAAGACAGAGCCUGGCCUGCCCUGCCCAGCUGGUAACUUGACUGGACAGACAAGAGGCACAGGAGCAGCCUGUAUGUCACCCAUGGGAAGGACCAGAGCACAUGGAUCAUGGCUCUGACAUCCAGGGAGAUCAGAGAGUAGGGAAAAGUGGGGAGGGCAGCCCCCCAAGAAGAGGUUGCUGCAGUGGAGCCAGGCUGCCCCUCUUUUCUAUUGACAAGCCAGAACAGGCUAGGAGGGGAGGGGAUAGACAGAGGAGAGUUGUUUCUUCAGGGGGCCUGCUCCCGAGGACACCUGGUCUUGUCCAUCAGCUCCAUCAUGCAUGCUUGAGGAGCUGGCUCAGGGCAGCAUGUGGGAGAGCCCUGCUAUUCUGUGCUUACUAGAGGCUUGAGAGCCUCUGACAAAUAAAUGUGGCAUUUACAGCGUGCAUUGGAGAAGUGCAGCUGGCUGUGGGGCGCGGUGGGGCAAGUAAAGUCUAUAAGGCCCUAUGCCUCGCCAAGAGCCAAGGCUAGAGACUGACACAGGCUCUCGGGGCAUUUGAAGCUCUUCCUUCUGGGAAGAGCCCUGAACAUCAGGAGGAGGUGACUGUGGGUUGCUCUCUGUCUCUUUUUAUAGCGAGGGAACAGAUUUACCAGGGAAGUCGGGCAUGAGUACAAAAACUAACUGGAGAGCAAGGUGAGGGGCUCUUAACAUGUUCAGGUGCGGAGCCGGAGCCACUGUGAGCAGACGGGGUUGCUUCCCUGGCUGAUGAGGGAGAUAGAGCUUGCAGCCUGGCUGUUGGCUCAUCUGGCUUCUGCUCCACUGGUAGAGCCUCAGCUCACGACUAAAAAGUGAAUGUAACGUUCUAGAGGGGAUUGUAGAGGAAACCAAAUCGCACACCAAGCCCAUAGCCCUCAGCUUGUCUGCUGCCAGUGGCAGUCCUUCCUCCUGGGCCCUGGACUGGUACCAGGCCCUACAGUGUGUCCCUCUGUCUUUUCUGGUGCCAGAUGCUGUCUUGUAUUGCUAUAGGUUCUCCACCUGGCCUGGGCACUCCCUCAGAGCUAGUGUGGGUCCCACAGACAGUAGGGACCAUCUUGAGGCUUUCUCACUGAGGCUGUGUUCCAAAGCCCCGCUCUAGGCUCUGCUAGCUACCCAGUGCCCCUUAGAGUCUUUCCCUCCUGCCGAGCUCCCUCAGCUAUUGAGGAACCAUUUUCUUUUUUAUCCCCAAGAAAGCAGGUAAUGUCACUUUAUGUUUUUUAAAUGAUUAGAAUUUUUCUUUUAACAAAAUAAAAUAUGUUAAGGUAAAACAAAAUCAUCAUAUCUAAGUUGGAUAAGCCAAGCCAAAAGAAAAAAAAAAUAAAAGAACCCCAAGAGAAGGCAAAAGAAUCAGAGACCCACUUGUUCCCACACUCAGGGGUCCUAUGCAAGUCCUAGACAGAAAGCCGUAGCAUAAACCGGGGCCCCCGUGUGCCUCCUGCUUCAGCCUGAGUGCCUGUGAGCUUUGCUCAGUUGUUUUCGAGGGCCUUGUUCUCCUGACGUCCUCUGUCUCCCCCACUUCUGCCCUUUCUGUAGGGUCCCCUUAGCUCUGAGGGGGAUGAUUUGGUAGAGACAUCUCACUUAGAGCGGUGUGUUCCAAGGUCUGUCUCUGCACACUGUUCAGCUGUGGGGCUCUGGAUUCCCAUCUGCUGCAGGAGGAAGCCUCUCUGAUGAUGGCCGAGCAAGACCCUGACGUGUGAGUACAGCAGAGUGCCAUUAGGAGUUAUUUUAUUGUUACUUUUUUUUUUAGACCAGUAGUAUUUGGUUUUACCAUAGGUCUCUAAGUUAUCUGGACUCUGGUUCCUGGCUACCCAAGCAGUGUUCCAUCUCAUGGAGUAGGCCUUAGGUCACAUCAGACAUCCGCUGUUAGACCCACACAGUUUGUGUCACCGUUGCCCUACAUGUGCGACGUUUGUAGAUCAAGAUUUUGUAGUUGGGUUGGUACCUUUCUAGGUCAUAGACCUCAGAACUUUGGGAGUUGUAGGCACUAGCUCAACCCUUCCUUGUUCAGUGAGUUGUGUUCUCUUUGUGGGGCCUUGCUGCCAGUUUAUGGAGAACAACCUAUUGUCUUGGCAAUAGCCUGGAUUGCUUGGGGAUUUCCAUGGGACCCUCUUUGUCAACAACUCAGUUGGAUGAAACCCAGUCCUGGCACUGCAAGCUUUGUUUGGUGACACAAGAUGGCCAAUGGGAGUUUCCAUACCAGCCCUCAAAUGCCCUUCAGUUCUAACUGUCUUUUCCCUCCUUCCCUCUCUCAACCCCAUCCCCCUCCCUUCUCACCUGGACCUCCUGUUUUCUCCUCCCCCCCUACUGCUUCAGUCCCUCCCCCUACCAGGGAGAUCCAUAUAUUCCCACCCCAAGUCCCUGUAUGCCUUGCCUCUCUGGAUUGUAGCUUGGUUAUUAUUUAUUUAAACUAAUGUCCAGAUAUAAGUGAG